UCACAUGAUAAAUGGUAGUGUUGAAACGAUUCACUUGAGUUGAGUUUUUGUACCUCUUGUCUCUGGACUUGCUAGACACCAAGAUGAUGUGCGGAGGGCUUACCGAGCUUCAAAAUGGCAAUGAUGAGAUACAGAAAAUCUGCAACAUUGUGAAAUCUCAAGCUCAACAAAAAACUGGGAAGACUUACGAUGUCUUCAUCGCCAAGAGUUACCGAUCACAGCCCGUGGCUGGGACCAACUUCUUCAUUAAGGUGCAUGUGGGAGGAGACGACUACGUCCACAUUCAUGUCUUACAAAGUUUGCCACACGUCGGGGCAGGACUAGAGCUGGCCGACAUCCAGGAGUCCAAGAGACAUGACGAUGCCAUUGAAUACUUCUGAAUAACACACUCAGAGUUGUUGUCACUGUUGAUCUAUGCAGCAACAAGUGCAUUGUCAAAAAAAUAAAAUAAAAUACAUAAUA